AUGGACUUUCUCCCGCACCCCACCUCCGGUGUUGAGGCUCUUGAUAUCCCCUUCGUCGCCGACACUCCGUUUGUUUUCGGCUCUGAUUUCUGGGAGUUCCCUAAGCUACACGGAUUCGGCGACCAGUGGGCUAGCCUACCCGCUGCUCGUCUCGCCUCGUUAGCCCAGUCGUGGCUUUACUUUGGGACCGUUUCCGAGUUUCUAGGCCGCCCCAUCGAUUACCGCGAAUUCCAGGUCUCUCAAAGCGUCUCCGCAAAACCUUUCCUCCCGCUCUUCAACGAAUGGCUCGCGGUCCACGCGGUCCGCCCCGGCUCAACAGCCCAACAAAUUGCUGAGAACGACGACCGCAGGGAGGUGCUUUACGAGCACGCCCGCUUCCUUGAUUCUGUCAUCCAACUCGCCGAAGACUUCGACACAGUUUCCCAGAGCCAUGUUAAACCCAUCCCUACUAUCAUACUGUCAGUCAAAGUGCUGUGCAUUACCUUGAGAGGCGUGCUGUGGGACGUAGCUCGCGGCGAUUUUGACGAGUCCCUCCGCCCAUGGCCAUCACCGGCGACCCGCAUGCGCCGUGAAGUGGUGCCUGCAAAAGACACCCACGGAAAGCAGACUCUCUCCCCGAGCGCGCAGUUGAUGUUGGAUGUGCUGCGCUUACGUGGUUGGUGCCCAUUUUACGCUCGCAAAGUGCUCACGCAAUACAACUACGCCCUCGCUUAUUAUUUCACCCGACUCUUUCGCACUUACUCCCCCGGCCUCAGUCAUCGCAGCUGCUCCGACGAUGAGUGUGUUGCCAGCAAUGCGGAUGUCUUCAGCUAUGUCCCGAAACACGCACGCCGUGGCUGUCUUUGCCAGCCUAAAGCCGCCCCCAUGGACCAGAUUCGCACGAUUAUCGAGGAAGGCGGGGUGCCGCUAAUUCACCUCCGGGGCUCGUCCAAGACUGGAGUCAGGAUAGAAGUGGUCAGGAUGACAGCGCGAACACGAUACAUCGUCGUGUCUCAUGUCUGGUCGGAUGGAAUCGGUAACGCAAAUACAAACGCCCUGCCCGAGUGUCAAUUACGACGUCUCCACGCCCACAUGCAUGAACUAAAACCCAUCAAGCGAACCCGGGACGGGGACGUCGAUUUCAACUUGCUGAACUCGCUUGACACGGGGUUCCAAUCUGCUGCAGCUCGUCGACCCAAGUACCUUUGGAUUGAUGCUUUGUGCAUGCCCCCUAGAGGGCUCACGACGCCCCUGCGACUCCGAGCGAUCAACAAACUCCCCGCCGUUUACCAAGCUGCCGACAGGCUACUGGUUUUGGAUUCAACACUUGAACAAACGUCAGUAAUGGAUUCGGACAGUGUUGAGCAGUUUGCUCGCUUCGCCGUCAGCCCCUGGAUGGGGCGCUCAUGGACUUUCCAGGAGGCCGCCUUGGCGACGGCUUGUGAGGUCCAAUGCGCGGACGGUAUAUUUGACGGGUUUUCCCCACAACCGAAGCAAAGAUUAACGGCAUCAACUGCGACCUCCCGAAGACGACGGCUUGCCUGGCUCGAGGCUCUUACCUACCCCACGGAUUGGAUCAGGAGGACUUUGUUCCAAAAGCCACAAGCGGAACCUGUACAUUCACUCGACAGCGAAUUUACUAUGGGCGUCGGCAUCGAGACGUCGAUUGUGAAGAGCCUUACUCGCUCCUUAAGAGAGGAGUUCCGGUCGGCAUUUUCCAACGGUGUCAAGGCCAACAGGGCCGCCGUUGGCGAGGGCAAACUAGCCCCUGACUUUUGCACGCUCUUUGUCCAGGUCUGGAACGAACUCAGCAAGCGGACGACAACGAUGCCAAGCGACAUGCACAUCAUUAUGGCCAGCUUACUCGGCUUCAACACAGAUCCCAUCACGCGGCUAACCAAAUCGGCCGACCGCAUGUCGUGCAUCUUGCGAAGCAUGGACGGAAUCCCCAUCUCCCUCCUCUUCAACCUCGAGGGGCCACGGCACAACCCAACCAAGAAUCACCGGGAUCGUUGGCUUCCUCUCUACCCAUCAAGGCAAAAACUAGCCUUCGGUUCACCAUUUACCAACAUCCGAUUUAUAAACGACGACUUGUACAUACCAAAUAAUACCGUGAGCCGGAAGAGGGUAGCUCUCUUUGUCUGCACCGGUGAGGCCGACCCAUUCUCGAGCAGCACGUUUAUGCUCCGGGAUACGUUUUCGGGCGAGCAAUAUUCCGUGGCAGUCCAUCGGCAGGAAGGCGAAGUGGAUGAAUUUGAAACGCCAGACAUCGGACCAUACUGCGUCGCCAUCCAACUUGACCCAGAGCUUGGCGGCCGGCCGGACGGUCACAUCGAUGGUCUUGGGCCUGUCCCUAAAACAUACGCUGGCGCCUUGUUCCGCGUCCGGAAGGUAGUGACUAGCGUCAAGAAAGUCUACUACCACAAUCUUGAGGCGGAGUACGAAAACUCUUUCGAACUAGUUGAGGAUGGGCCGUAUGAAACUCACGACAUGGAGACCGCCAGUAAGAGGACAACGGGAUACUUGGAUGGACAGCUAGCAUCCGCCUUUGCCCAGCACCCCUGUGGGAUACUGCGCACGGUAUAUGACUGCCCCUUGACUGUGACUUGCCCGGCCGGUGAUAUCACGGCUUCCCCGUCGAAAGGCCCAACCCUGCUCGCUCAACCACUUCCCGAUACCUGGCAGGUGGCCAUUGAACGAGAACCGGCAAGCUUCCCCGUGCCUCUUCCGACCCGGUCAUCCCUCGCCGAAGCUGUCAGUCCCGUAUCCGCGUAUCUCGCCAUCACCGCGCUCGACGGUCUUGUUGCAUCGGGAUGUGUGGGCCUCGCCAUCGCCAUCUGCGCCACCAUGUACGCCCGCCUAGCCCUUCUCGCCAAGGCGGUUAUCGUCGCAAAGCUUAUGCUGCAUUCCCUCUUCCUAAUGCAGAUGUUUCUGUUUCCGGGCAUCGAAGUCCGCAUUUUCUGGGAUCUUUUGCAUCUCACGCUCGUGGCGUUGUACACCUAUUCCCGGGUGACUGCGACUCCGGGCGGCGUCAGCAGGAUGGACGUGAUCGAUUGGUCGUUUAUCGCGUGGGCAUUUUUAGGCCAUGUCGUGGAUAUUGUGGCAAGGUUGGGUAUAAAAUCGGUCAUCGUCCCAACGUUGUUUGACAAGUAUCUGAGGUCGCUUGAUGGCCCAGCCUUCCAAAGUCAGGCCCAGGAUGAAAAGGGCCGUUCAAGGGCGAAUCAAUCAGGAGGGUGGUUCCAGCGCGGACGCCCAAAACGUGGCUGGCAUAAUGGGGUUUAUUAUUAUCAGGAGCCGGGGGAAAGUGGUGCGGACGAUCACCACCACCAUCACCAUGAAAAUGGGACUGGUAAUGGGCGGCCAGAGCAGCAUUUACUAGGAGAUUUGGAGGGACAACAUGGUUGA